AACAAAGCGCGCUCAUUACGGCCCAUUAGAUGACGCGGAGAGAGUAAGGAAAGUAAAAGUAACCGCAGUCCGCAAGUGUGUUCUCCUGGAGGCUUCCUGACAUUUUCCAGUUUGUGUAUAAGUAUGCAAGCUCGCAUACAUGUCUCAACAGGCUUCCCCAGUGCCUGCCCUUCCCCAAGCAGGGAACUUAGGAGACCAAGCAGCAGCAAGUGUGCUUCAGAUGGUCGGGCCCCAGGGGUCUGCAGCGUACGAGUUCCUGUGCGUGGACUAUACUCAGAAGAAGUGGAGAGGUCCAGCAGUCAGUCAGAGAGCCCUGUACCAGAACGUCAUGCCGGAAAAUCACUGCAGCGCGGCCUCCCUGGGUGAGAACAGAAUGGAGAGUUCAGAGUUGCCUGCAAAGCAGGAAAUUUCUAAAGGGUUGGAGUCAUCUGAUAGAUUAUCAGGAGGACUCUGUGGGGUGGUUCCUGGAGGACCAGAAGCUGGAGAUGCCUGUGAAGAUGCUUUAGAGAAGCUAGAAGGGCAACCCUCAGAUGAGGAAGGGAGCCAACUCGAAAGUGAUUUCCUGGAAAUAACAUAUGAGAAUAAAAAUAAAUCUACUGAAGAUGGGUGUGAUAUAUAUAAGGAACUUGGGGAACAUCCAAAUCUGUCUUCCCAUCCUGCAGAACAUCAAGGAGUCCUGAAAGGACAGAAAUUCUAUCGAUGUGGUGAAUGUGGCAAAACUUUUAAUUGGAGUUCACACCUCAUUGGGCAUCAGAGAAUCCACACUGGAGAGAAACCCUAUGAGUGUAACGAGUGUGGAAAGACAUUCAGGCAGACCUCUCAGCUCAUAGUUCAUCUCAGAACCCACACGGGGGAAAAGCCCUAUGAGUGCAGCGUGUGUGGAAAGACCUAUCGACACAGCUCCCAUCUCAUUCAACACCAGAGACUCCAUAAUGGGGAGAAACCUUAUAAAUGUAAUGAAUGUGAAAAAGCCUUCAAUGAGAGCUCCAAACUGUUUGACCACCAAAGAACCCACACUGGGGAGAAACCAUAUGAAUGCCAUGAGUGUGGAGCAGCCUUCAGUCGGAGUAAAAAUCUUAUCCGACACCAGGUACUUCACACUGGUAAGAAACCCUACAAGUGUAAUGAGUGUGGGAAAGCUUUCUGUUCUAAUAGAAAUCUCAUUGAUCAUCAGAGAAUCCACAGUGGGGAGAAGCCUUAUGAGUGUAAUCAAUGUGGCAAGGCCUUCAGUCGGAGUAAAUGUCUUAUUCGACAUCAGAGCCUCCACACUGGGGAAAAACCAUACAAAUGUAGUGACUGUGGGAAAGCUUUCAGUCAAAUCUCUCAGCUUGCUGACCAUGAGCGAAUGCAUACUGGAGAAAAACCUUUUGAAUGUAAUGAGUGUGGGAAAGCAUUCAGUCUGAGUAAGUGUCUUAUUCGACAUCAGAGACUUCACACAGGUGAAAAGCCCUAUAAAUGCAAUGAAUGUGGAAAAUCCUUCAAUCAAAACUCAUACCUCAUUAUACACCAGAGAAUUCACACUGGUGAGAAACCUUAUGAAUGUACUGAGUGUGGGAAGGUCUUCAGCCAUAAUUCCAGCCUUAUGGUACAUCAGAGAACCCAUACUGGGGAGAAACCAUAUAAAUGCAGUGAGUGUGGGAAAGCCUUCAGUGACAGCUCACAGCUUACUGUGCACCAGAGAGUUCACACUGGAGAGAAACCCUAUGAAUGUAUUGAGUGUGGAAAAGCCUUCAGUCAGCGUUCCACUUUCAAUCACCACCAGCGAACUCACACUGGAGAGAAGCAGGCAGGUGGGGCUCGGUCAGUUUCUUAAAGCAUAAAUCUCCAAGACAGCAAGGAACUUUGAGUUAAGCUUUCUUUAUAAGAAGGCUACUCACCCUGGUGUCCUCUUAGAACCACUAAUUGAAGUGGGGCAUUCCCUAAAUGCUUCCUGCUGGGUCAUAAAGGUAGGAGAGUGGCAGUAACAGUGCACUCCUUCCUCAGUAAUGGGGAAGUGAGGACCACGCAUUUCAUGUACUUGUAGAUUUCCUUCUUUCUUUAUAUCUCUUUUUUAAAAGUUUGAAUUCUGUGUCAUUUCUUAGUUAUUCAUCCCAUAAUCAGACUGUGUGCUUCUCAAGGACAGAGAUUAUAUCUUCCUUUUUCUAUUCCAGUUAAUCCGUUUCCCCAGUUACAUAAAGUCGUUAUCUGAAACGGAUUCCUUUUCUGACUCUUGGGUCUGGCCUUUUUGAAACUUCUGUUCCAAUCUAGACCCUCAUCACUUGUUCCCUACCUAGAAACCGUUUCUUCUUCCUGUUUGCUAAUCUGUGUCCCUCAGAACCUGUAAGAUCCAGUUCAUCUCUCAAAGACAUUUUUCUUCAGAUGCUUCUUCCUUCCUCCUAAACUUCUGUUGAUAUGACCUCAGUGCUUCAAAUUAGCCUGUGCUACAAUUUGCAGUUACUAAAUUGCCUUGUAAAUUAUUCUCAACUUAAUGCAUAUGUGUAUACUUUCAUACCAAUUUAAUGUAGGCUCUUUGUGGUUGGGUAUUGUAUCUGUUUCUUUUGGCAUAUAGAUAAUUCUCUGCAUCUACUAGUUGUUGAAGAAGUUUUUAAAACUCACUUCUCCAACGCAACCAUUCUUCAAGUGAGGAUGAACUCCCCUCCCACCACCCAACCUAAAAUUUCUAACGAUGGAUAUCAUCGGAUAUCACAUACAAAGGCCUCAUUCAUAUCAUCUACGUGUAUCCCUGGAGUCUUACUGCUGUUACUUCUGCCUCAGAGAGCUAAUGGGUUUGUGUUUGAGUGCGUGUGUGUGUGUGUGUGUGUGUAUGUAUGUAUGUAUGUAUGUACCCAGGUAUUGGAGUUGGCAGUCAUGUUCCACUGAUAGGUACUUUGCCCUGCACACUGAUUCUAGUUCUGAACUAGCCGAGUCCACCCUAUGCCUAAGUAAACAAGUUAAGAACAGCAUCAAAAUUUACUGUGAAGAUUUGACUUUCGUGGCUGUGGCAAAGAUGAUUGAAAGUUCCAGUUAGAAGCAUUCUUGGAUGGUUGGAAUUCACAGCGAUGAGGUUUGUGGCAAGAUAGUAGAGUCAAAUUAAUCUUAUUUCCUUACCAAUUUCUAGGUUAGAGGUGUACCCUUAAUUUUUGUAAUUACCUUUUGGGCCAUCUUUCAUUCAUCAAAGGCAGAAGAAACAGGAAAUCUUUUCAGAGGAUUUCCACUCCUUAACAGUCACAUAUUGGACAUAAGCUUCAACAACUCUUUAUUUUCUCCCUUGCAGUAGGGCCCCACUGCUGGGGCACCUCUGCCUCUGGUGUCAACCUCCUUCCUCUUAGCAAUAUGAGGAGCGGCAGUGUGGCACAGGUGGAGGAGGAGGUGGGGGCGAUGUCAGGUGUGUAACCUGGAGGGGAGAGAUUUUUGUGAGCUGUGAUUUGUGUCUUAGAGGCAAUGGAGAAGAAAGGAAAGAGAGUCCAGGCUGAAGAAAAUAAGAAUUAGAUGUGAUUCUGGGAGAGGCCUCUCAGACAUUGUUAGAAUGUUUUUUGGGGGCCUAAAAAAUUUCUGAACCAAGGACAGGGGACUGGAAAUUUGUCAUUUGUGAAUGUGUUUUCAAUUACAUUUCUGUUACAGCUAUGUUUUUGGUGUUUAUUUCCAUUUUCCUUUACAAAAUAUGCAGAUAGGACUUCCUUUUUUAAGUGUUUUACUUUGGGAGUUCUCAGAUCCCAGGGAAGAACCCAGCCCCCAUUAUGAGCACCUGCGUCCAUCCCUCCACCCUGAUUGGACAUUACUGCUCAUGUCAUCAGUAGAACCCCCUGCCUGUUGGAUGCUAUAGUUUUAUCUUCGGGUUCUUGUCUGCUCAUCCCCUGCCACACUAAGUCUCUGGAGUGGGUGAUCCAGUGCUAUUCAUGACUGUUACACACCACCAGCUGUCUGGUGGGUGCUCAGUAGAAAUGAACGUCUUCACUUCCUGGAAAAGCACUCAGGCUCUUGGAUGGAGGAUAAAGGGCUACAUUGGAAAGCCACACCUCAAUUUCUAUUGCUAGUAUUGGAAAUAAUUAUUGGUUUUUAAAAACUUUAUCUGGAUCCAAUUACCUUGCUAAAUUAUUUUUAGUUUUCAUUUCCUAACUUUUGUAGGUAUACAAAAAUAAUUAGUAUUCUCUUAAUUUCUAAUUUGUAUGUCACUUAUGUCAUGCAUUAGCAAGAAUAUAAAAAGAAAAUAGCAGAUAACAGGCAUUCCAUGUCUUGUUCCUAAAGUUUUUAGCACUUCACAGUUUUUUUAUGAUGUUCACCUCAUUCUUAGUUUCUGAUAAAUAUUCUAUUGUGUUUAGAAGUUUCCUUUUAUCUCUAUUUUUAGAAGAAGCAGUAUGGUAUCUAAGUGGUUAAGUGCACAGAUUUUGUGCCUAGCACUCUAAGUUCAAAUCCUCACUCCACCACCUUCUUAGGUGUGUGAUGCUGGGCAGUCACUGAGCUUGUGUCUCAGUUCUUCCAUCUGUGAAAUGGUUCUACCUCAUAGGGCUGUGAGGAUAAAAUUAGUUAAUAUAAGUGUAAGGCACUUAAAAUAGUGCUUGAUGCAUAGUACACAUUAUAGCAAUUAUUAUUAUACUUAGAGUUUCUAUUAGAAAUGGAUGCUAAGUUCUAUCUAAUUUUUUAAAAGUCUGUUGGUGUAAUUUACAGGUCAUAUUCUGUAUUUUUUUUUUUUUGUAAUUCAUUUUAUUGACAAGUUUUCAAAUAAUUGAAAUUUCUUGACAUUCCUGGAAUAAAGUCCAUUUGUUCAUGGUGA